CUUAUCUCGUACCUUACUCUCCAUGUCACUUUCAAAGUUGCUGUUCUUCAUACAUCAGGUUCUUGGCAUUUCCGACUGCGAUGACUGUGGACCAGCAAGAUCCCAGCAACUCUUGCAAACUUCGGUGCAUAGUCUGCGUAGUUCGCCUAUUUUUCGUUUUGAUGAGGACAAAAUGUGGGGCUUAGACAAGAACAAGAACUCAUCGUGGCGCGUGGUUCGCAAAGAGAAAGACUGCAUUUUGAGAUUUCCUGCUUUCAACUCAUCCGGAGAACUGGAGUCUCGGUUUUCACUCGGCGUUUGUUUGAGACCUUGGUCGUCGGAACGUUGGCGGGUGGACUUGGCUUUGCCAGCAGGUUAUGGGAGAACACAUCCAGGUGCGAAUCCAUCCUUCGUUCCGUUGCCGGAAACGUUGAAGACCAGCUUUCCCUUCGGCAAAUGGUUCGCAGUAAGUCGCUUUGGAUGGGCCAGAUGUCCUGGGAUGCAAGAUUUUGACCAUCGACCCGAAGUGGAAUAUUUGAGGAAUCUCUGGUGCUCCGGGUCUUAUGCAGCUGUCUUAGGCUCCGAUUUUAAUGUCCAAGCAGUGUCCAAAAUCGAACUGGAGGGCGGUGAUUGGGCCAAUGCUAUCUCUGAUGUCCGACUCUGGCCUUCAGGUGAAGAUCUGAUUGUAAGUUUUGUGCCGUAUUUCUUCUAUGACACUCAUCAUGCACUUGUGGCAAAGCUGUACGCGAGUAGCGUGGAUGGGAAUCUGAAAGUUUGGGUGGACAGAAGGGAAGUCAGGCGAGCAGAGAGUUGCAAGCACCCGCAAGAUUAUGCUAAGAAAAACUUUGGGUUUCUCCGAUCCGGAUUAGAUAUCUUCGUUCUGGACAAGAUCUUCCCUACAGCUGUGAGUUUGGUGAAUUUGUCGGUCCUAGACGGCGCGUUGGAGCCGGAGAUGCUCCGAAGCAAUCAUACCCACAGCUACGGAACGACACAUGUGGCCCCAUUCUGCAUGGAAUCUGUGGUUACUGGCAGUGAAUCAAACUAUUCUCCAUGGCACGGCUGCAACUUGGCAGAAAUGAAUUGA